AUGACCAUCUCCACAACCAACGGCCACGCCAACGGUCAUGCCAAUGGCCUCAAGCACUUGAAGCGCUCGCCUGAGCUGGGUUUUUCUACGCGAGCUAUACAUAUAGGUUCAGAGCCUGACCCCACAACCGGUGCCAUCAUCCCUCCCAUAUCCCUCAGCACGACGUACAGACAAGAUGAAGUAGGUGUACACAAGGGUUUCGAAUAUUCCCGGUCGGGCAAUCCAAAUCGCGAUGCCUUAGAGCGCACGCUCGUAGGCCUGGAGGCAGGCGCAGGACACGCUAUCGCGUUUGCUUCUGGCAGUGCGACAACAGCAACUGUCUUGCAGUCUCUUGGUCCAAAUGCACACGUACUAAGUGUGAAUGACGUCUACGGCGGUACGUUCAGGUAUCUCACAAGGGUUGCGAAGGAAACGAUGGGUACCGAGUCGACCUUUGUGGAUUUGGAGAAUACCACGGACGACGAAAUACUAGGUGCUAUGAAGGAAAAUACGAAGCUCAUUUGGAUCGAAUCGCCGACAAACCCCACUCUCCGGUUAAUUGACAUUCCCCGUAUAGUAGCUCUCGCUCGUCGGGCUCCAUCAAAGCCCCUUGUUCUCGUUGACAAUACCUUCCUCUCCCCAUUCUACGCCUCCCCACUCCUACAAGGUGCAGACAUCGUUGUCCACUCCCUCACCAAAUAUGUCAAUGGCCAUUCUGACGUCAUCAUGGGCGCCGCCAUCCUUCCCUCCUCAUCCACGCCAGACCGUGAUUACGACGGCCUCGCUCAAAAGCUCCGUUUCCUCCAAAACGCUCACGGCGCCGUGCCGAGCGCAUUUGACUGCUGGCUCGCCCAACGUGGCGCCAAAACUCUGGCAGUACGCAUGAAAGCGCACGGUCUCAAUGCACUCCGUGUUGCCUCCUAUCUAUCGUCUCACCCUGCCGUUGAGCAUGUUAUCUACCCCGGACUCGCCUCGCACCCCCUACACGCGCUGGCACGCGCCUCCCUCAGCCCGCAUACACAGAACUUCCUCAGCACACUGCCGCCAUCGAGCCUCGCGCACGGUAUACCCUACGGCGGGAUGGUCUCAUUCCGCGUACGCGGUGGCUCAAGGAGUGCAGAGGCGCUCCUGCCGAAGCUGAGGCUGUUCGCGCUCGCAGAGAGUUUGGGUGGUGUGGAGAGUCUUGCGGAGUUACCUGCGCAGAUGACGCAUGCGAGUAUCCCGCCUGCGGAGCGUGAGGCGUUAGGUAUUGAGGGGUUGGUGCGUUUGAGCUGUGGCAUUGAGGAGGCGGAGGAUUUGGUGGAGGAUUUGAGGGACUGCGUUGGAGGGGUUGGAGGAUGA